AUUGGUGGCAGGACAAACACUGUUUUCCGGCAACGAUUACAGCCGGAGUUAAUCAAUCAGAUGGUGAAAGGAAGCCAGAACACAUCGGCGGACCUGACUCAAGUGAUCGAUCAGCUAGAGCGCCACUGCUUAGCCCCCAACGGCUCGCUUGUCUCCAAAUCUGCCUACUACGGUCUCCAACUCGCGAGAGAGGAAAUGUCGCGGGAGAGAUUGCGAUACUUGGAAGCAGUGGCAAUUUACUGUGAAGCAAUUGCAAUGGUGGAAGAGUAUCAGCAGGCUGUUUCCGUGGCUAAUCUUGGAGGAAUUCGGGAUGUGCAGGAUCUAUACCCGCAACCUGGCUUAAAGAACUCUCCUCAGGUUUAUGAGAACCUAGAGCACAGACUUGUUGUUGCAGAAGCAGCCCAAAGAUUAAGACUUCCACUGAUAUCUGAAGAUGGUGAAAUCCAUGAAGAAGAAUAAAUUGAAAAUUGGAGAAAAAUGUCACGAAGUUCACUAGGUAGUACCAAUACCAGUCUCACAAUCAGCUCAAGUUCAAACUCGAUAAAUUAUUCACAUAAUGCCGCUGCUGGAACAGUUAGUGCUAGUGGUGCAGUAGAACCAGGAGUUUAUGGCGUACCAAAUCGCUUUCUUGGAAUAACACCUGCUUAUUUAUGGAAAAAUCAGCUUCAGCAGACGUUUUCAAUGGUAUUAUAACUCUAUAUGAUGUUAUGUGAGAUCUUUUGCGAAGCUUCUGUCAACUCACUGCUUUGUAACAUGGUAAAUUCUCAAUUUGCUGUCAUAGAAUAUGACAAACUACCGAUUGUGUCUUGCGCGGGGGAUUGAGGUUUGAUUAAAUGCUAAAUGUGACAAGUUGGCAGAUGCCUAGUUAAUGACAUUGGUAAUCCUCGUGUUUCUUUUGUCAUGUUUUUUUCUCUUCACAUCUUGUUUAUGUAAGCUCUUUUGCUUCAUGUAUUUGGAUAUGAUAUUUAAGAACAACAAGCUAAUCUUUACUAAUAUCCUGUGUCCAUAGUUCAGCUUUGAUCUCUCCUUACAUCUUCUUGUUUACAAUUUACAGAAGAGUAAGGCAGAUCAACAGUGGUGAAGUACAAAUUAGAACAGUGUUUUUUCUUUUUGCAAACAUCAUCGUAUAGGAGGGUCGUAAUGUCGAUAAAUACGCAGUUAUGCUGCUUAAACCCUUCAGGGGUGUGCUUAACAUUUUGACUUCUCUUCUGCAGACUCAAUUUCUGGAAAUCAAAGUUCAAUUGCUCA